CUUCUCUUCCAGCUGGGUCUUUUUGUGGGAGAAGGGCUACCAGGAAACAGACUCUGUGGUCAGUUCUGUAACCACAAAGGUGAAAGGAGUAACGCUGACAAACACAUCCACCUUGGGAGCCAGGGUCUGGGAUGUCGCUGACUAUGUCGUCCCUCCUCAGGAGGAGAACACUGUGUUUAUCAUGACCAAUGUGAUACUCACACUGAACCAGCGCCAAGGCCGCUGCCCAGAGCUUCCAGAUGAUAAAACAGUGUGCAAGGUGAAGAACAACUGUGUUCCAGGAUAUGUCAGCACCCACAGCAAUGGCAUCCAGACUGGGGAGUGUGUACUGUACAACAGCAGCAUUAAGACCUGUGAAGUCUUCGCAUGGUGCCCUGUGGAGGAUGACUAUCAUAUACCCAAGCCAGCGUUCCUGCAAGAAGCUGAGAACUUCACCAUUCUGGUGAAGAACAACAUUUGGUACCCCAAGUUCAACUUCAGCAAGCGAAACAUCCUCCCCACAAUCAACUCCACCUACCUCAAGAACUGCAUCUAUGACUCCCAGACAGAUCCUUUCUGCCCUAUCUUUCGCUUAGGGAAAAUAGUUGAAGCUGCAGGGCAGAACUUCCAGGAAAUGGCUGUGGAGGGUGGAGUCAUGGCGCUGCAGAUCAACUGGGACUGCAACCUUGACAGAGCUGCUUCCCACUGUGUGCCAAAGUACUCCUUCCGGCGCCUCGACAACAAGGACUCUGCCCAUACCGUCUCGCCUGGCUACAACUUCAGGUUUGCAAAAUACUACAAGGAGAGUAAUGGCACUGAAUCACGGACACUUGUCAAAGCUUAUGGCAUCCGCUUCGAUAUCAUAGUGUUCGGAAAGGCAGGAAAAUUUGACGUAAUUCCUACAAUGAUUAACAUCGGCUCUGGCUUAGCGCUGUUUGGCAUGGCAACAGUGCUGUGUGACAUUGUUGUUCUGUAUUGCACGAAGAAGAAAUACUACUAUCGGGAGAAGAAAUACAAAUAUGUGGAGGAUUAUGAACUGGUUAAUUGUGCUAAGCACAGAGGGAGAAUUGUGCUCUCAUGCCAGGCCUCUGCACUGGAACUAACCAACAAGAAAAACCUGCAUCGAGUUUCUUUCAGCAAUGUGCAUUUGGCUGCAGCCCUACCGGAGCUGGCACCGAGAGACAAUCGUUUUGGAGAGCGCCUUAGGGAAGCGCUGAGCUUUAGGCUGACGAACCAAGCCCGUGCUAGCCGUAAGACGCUGAGCUACGUUAAAAAGGUGUCAAUUAAAAACAAACCAGAACGACGAGAAAUAGAUGCAACAACAUUUCCGGUAGGUCGUGAACUCUCAAAGUGUGCACGUGUAGUCGGACUGUUGUGGAUGCCACUCGGCAAACGCUUCACCCUGCUCUGCGUGCCCACCGACUACGCGAUGGGCAUACAACACCCCUGGGAUGCUGCCAUUAGUCCCUGCAAAUUAUUUGGCAUUAAACCCAGGUAA